UUUUGCUACUUAUGGCUUGAUUGACGCUCCUUGCUAUCCCCUCUUUACAUUGUUCUAUCUGAAUAUUGCCUUCGUCGCCAUCUUCGUUGAACUGUUGGAGCGUGCUUCAUAUAUACACAGCUCGGGCCUAUUCCUGCCGCCCGCCUUUGAUUACCUCGGUUACUCUUGAGCACCUACAGCAAGCUCUGUCGCCAUACCGAACACAACCGAAGUCGUUGCAGUCCAUGAAAACAAACGACAUCUUCCUGUUUGACCAAGAAACUAAAAGGAGAUAUCUAUCAUGAACGGAGAUCGCAACCCCAGUACCGCUUCUGCGGGAUAUGGCCGCCAUCUCAGCACCGCGUCUGCGACAGCGCGCAGGAAGUCGGUCGCGGACGAGCCCGUAACUUCCGUCCUGGCACCGGGCGCGGUCCCCGUCUUCGACCGAGAAUUGACUGCCGAUGAAGAGGUUCUUGCGUCUUUGGGAUACAAGCCCGAAUUCAAGCGCGAGUUUUCACUAUGGACAUCGUUCUGUGUUUCUUUUGCCGUGCUGGGAUUGCUUCCAUCCUUCGCAUCCACUCUGUACUACGGUAUGGGAUACACUGGCACACCAGGUAUGGUUUGGGGUUGGUUGAUCGCAAUGGCGUUCAUCCAGUGCAUUGCCAUGGGCAUGGCUGAAUUGUGUUCCUCUAUGCCCACUUCUGGUGGUCUAUAUUACGCAGCUGCAGUACUGGCACCCCCUGGCUAUGGUCCUCUCGCAUCCUGGCUUACCGGAUGGUCGAAUUGGCUUGCGCAAGUCACUGGUGCACCGUCGGUCAACUACGCAUUGGCUUCCAUGAUCCUGGCAGCCGGCUCCAUGGGCAACCCCGACUAUGUCCCGCAGAACUACCAGGUUUGGCUUCUUACAACCUUCAUCAUGAUCAUUCACGGAAUCAUCUCGUCAAUGCCAACUCGAUGGAUUGCCACGUUUAAUUCCUAUGGCAGCACCUUCAACAUCAUUGCGCUGGUAAUUGUGGUCAUCGCCAUUCCCGCCGGUACAAACCGUCCCAGUCAAGGUCUACCACGCUUCACCAAAAGUAGCACUGUUUGGGGCAAUUGGUAUGACGGGACCGACUUCCCCAACGGAGUCGCUGUUCUCAUGUCCUUCAUUGCCGUCAUUUGGACCAUGUCUGGCUAUGAUGCUCCUUUCCAUCUGUCCGAGGAAUGCAGCAAUGCCAAUCUUGCGAGCCCCCGAGCAAUCGUCAUGACCUCAGGCUUCGGUGGUCUCUUUGGAUGGUUCUUGCAAUUAGUGGUGGCAUACACAGUCGUCGACAUUGACGAUGUAUUGGAUUCCGAUCUCGGUCAACCCUGGGCGUCUUACCUCUUGCAGGUUCUCCCCCAAAAGACGGCUAUGGCUUUGCUUGCUUUGACCAUCAUAGCCGGUUUCUCAAUGGGACAAGGCUGUAUGAUUGCCGCAUCGCGAGUCACCUUCGCUUACGCCCGUGACGGUUGUUUCCCCGGCUCGAGAUGGUGGAGCCAAGUCAACCCGCGCACCCACACCCCCGUCAAUGCGGUCUGGUUCAACUGCACCAUCGGCAUCUGUCUAACCCUUCUUCUGUUCGGAGGUGCUGAAGUAAUCGGGGCUAUCUUCAGUGUCGGAGCUAUUGGUGCCUUUGUGGCCUUUACCAUUCCCAUCACCAUUCGGACCUUCUUUGUCGGCAAUCGUUUCCGGCGAGGACCUUGGCACCUGGGGAAGUAUUCAUAUCCGAUCGGUGUUGCAUCAACAUGCUUUACUCUGGUGAUGAUUCCGAUUCUGUGCCUGCCCAGUGUUACUGGGUCUGAUCUGGAUCCUUCACUCAUGAACUACACGUGUCUUGUUUACGGUGGUCCGAUGUUGUUCAUCAUCAUAUGGUGGUUUGUGAGUGCGCACAAAUGGUUUACAGGUCCUAAAGUCAAUAUUGCCCAUCAAAUGCUUGGGAGAGAGGGCAACGUGCUCGAAGGUAAGGAGGAAGGCAUGGAUGAUUCGGACCAAGCCUCGCCGGGCUACAUGGCAAAGGAUGUGGACAAAUCAGCCGCAGUGUAAUUAUGGGAGGCGAAAGUUAUACUUACAACCAUGCUUGAGAGAUUCACCAGGAUAGUGGAAGCGAGUGGAGAUUUGAAUAUUCUGGAGCGAAGCCUAUCUGUAUUUCGAGGAUUGUCCAUAUUGUUGAAAUUCUGAUAUACGAC